AUGGAGGCGCGGUCGCCGCCUCCUCCUGAACGCGGCACAGGCUUCUCAGCCGCGCAGGGAUGCGUGCUCACCGUAGAGCCGUCGGACCGGUCUCUGGCAGCUGAUGCGGCGGGGCCGGGGCCAGCGCCAGCGGCUGGUCCGACCCCGCCUCUGCUUCCUGCUGCUAGCGUUGCGGCGGCUGCAGGCACCGAGGUGUUUAAGUUCAGCGCGAACGGGGACACGGCCGACAUGCGGCCGGUCUUUGACAAGAGCAAAAAUUCCCGCGCUGUUGGCCUUUCGUCCACAGCCUGGACGCUACCCCCUUGUCAGGUGACUGUACGCCCAAAAGACCGCGGGUGCUUUUGGGGGGAAGUGAAGGCUAAGGUUGAAGGACUAAGUGGAGAUGCUGAUGCUGGUGCUGGACCUGCCGUGUCUGAUGUUCAGCUGGUUCCCAGUCGAGUGCCUGCCUCUGACCCUGUGGGGCCCACAGGGCAGGAUAAGGCAGGUGCUGCUGCUUCAUCUGAGGGUCUUCAGGCCUUCCCUGUCCUUCAGGGUGCUACUCAUAACACCUAUCAACCCUUGGCUUGGCAGGCCUUGUCAGAACUGCGUGAUGCAGUUGGGAAAUAUGGUUUGGGCUCAGCCGAGGAGAUGCAGGUUCUCUGUUCUUUUAAUGCCAGUCUUUUGACGCCCUUUGACAUUCGGAGCUUGGCUCGGGCCCUUUUCCCACCGGUUGAAUAUGACUUCUUUGAGAAUAAAUGGACUCAGUUGGCAGUCAGAGCGGUGGAACGGAAUACGACACUGGGUCCAGGAGAUCCUAGGCGUAUGGUUAAUAUUGAUAUGCUAAUGGGAACAGGAAAUUAUACCAGGGCCGAAGGGCAGGCUGGUUAUGAGCCCUUGGUCCAGGAGCAGGGCCAUCAGACAGGCAUGGCAGCCCUGGUUCAGACCUUACAGCUGGCUACUCCACAGCAGCCCUUUGCGACUAUCGUCCAGGGAGUUGAUGAGCCCUUCCUGCACUUUGCAGGGAGGUUAACUGCUGCGGUUGAGAAGCAGGUGAGUGAUCCGGCAGCAAGGAAGCUCAUGAUUCAGUCCGUUGCUCAGGGCAACUGUAAUGCUGCUGGCAAGAGGAUAAAUGAGGCGCUCUCCGGGGAACCAUCCAUGUUGGACAUGGUUGGGGCCUGUGCAAAGAUAUCCCCUUCCAGCCAACAGAUGGUUGCCGUGCAUACAGCUGUGCAGCCAGCUGGGGCUACGAUUGUCCAACCGACGCUGACUACAGCGGUCCAACCAGCCGUGCCAACAGCCGUGCAACCGGCUGUGGCUGCUGCUGUGCAGCCUGCUUGGGUCGUUCCCCAGGGGGUGCAACAGCAGCAGUGGGGUGCUAGGGCCAGGAAGAAACAGAGCGGUAAGGCACAGAAGCCUACAGCUGUCUUGUUUUAUUGUGCACGAUGCGGAAGGCCAAAUCACGCUGCGAAUGCGUGUAAGGCGACAGUGCAUGUGAAUGGUCAGCCGUUGGGCAAUUCGGGAAACGCGACGCAGAGCGCGAAGGUGAGACGCGUGCAGACACAAAUGUCUCUGCCUCAGCCCGAACCAAUGGAGAUCUGCUCAGCAGGCUUGCAGCCAGCACCCGCGGUUCAGCAGGUGUUGAUGUCUGCACAGCCGAGUCUGUCGUGAUUGAUUCGGACAAAAUACACAAGGUUCCCCUGGAUGCCUUUGGUCCCUUGGGUGAUGGCAUGAGUGCUUUCCUGAUGGGGAGGUCCAGUGCCACCAUUCAGGGCAUCAUAGUGCACCUGGGACUGAUUGAUGCAGAUUUUUCAGGGCAGAUUCAUGCAAUGGUCUCCACACCCACCCCCCCGGACUAUCCCAAAAGGCACAUGAAUUGCUCAACUUGUUCCUUUUAAGUCUUCUGUUUCCAGGACCGAGGACCGGUCGCGAGGAGAUGGUGGCUUCGGCUCUACUGGGCCGCCUCAGGUGCGCUGGACUGCUGUCUUGACCAAAGACCGUCCUGAGACACUGUGUACUGUGUCCAUGGUUGGUGCCACGCCAUUGGAGAUUCACCUUUGUGGCCUCCUAGAUACGGGGGCUGACAUGAGCAUUCUCUCCCUGGCCGCUUGGCCCCCGCAGUGGCCUUUGACCCUGGCAAAGACAUCGAUCUCGGGCUUAGGAGGAACGAAGCAAUGCUACGUGAGCCAGAAUCCCGUGGCCAUCACGAACCCAGAGGGACAGACGGCCAUAAUUUGGCCUCAUGUUACUGAGAUUCCUCAGAACCUCUGGGGGAGGGAUGUUUUGGCCGCAUGGGGGGUGCAACUGGGGACGGAUUUUUGAUUGGGGCCACUGUGAUGAAGGGCACAGAGUGUCCCACGCCUCCUUUACGGUGGCUGGUGGACAGACCCAUCUGGGAGAAUCAGUGGCCCCUCCCUCAUGACAAGCUAGUCGCCCUUCGUGAACUUGUACAGGAGCAGUUGGAUCAGGGGCAUUUGGAACCAUCUACCAGUCCCUGGAAUACUCCUGUCUUUUGUAUCAAAAAGAAGUCUGGGAAAUGGAGGUUGCUACAAGACCUCCGAAAGAUCAAUGCCGUGAUGGAAGGCAUGGGGACAUUGCAUGCCAUCGCCUACCAUGCUUCCUGCGGACUGGCCGGUCCUCAUUGUGGAUCUGAAGGAUUGGUUUUUUACGAUCCCUCUGCAUCCCGAUGACAGACCAAAAUUUGCCUUCACGGUGCCAACAAUAAAUAAUGCCGAGCCCGCACAGCGGUAUCAAUGGAGAGUUUUGCCUCAAGGAAUGCGGAAUUCGCCAAUGUUAUGCCAAUGGUAUGUAGCCCGUGCCUUGUCUGGAGUUCGCAAGCGGUUUCCUGAUGCUCACGUCUAUCAUUAUAUGGACGACAUUUUGGUGGCUACGUCCACUCAGGAAGAGCUGCUGAGGCUACAGCCUCAGUUGUUGAAUGCUCUGCAUUCACAUGGACUGCAGGUGGCUCCAGAAAAGGUACAAUAACAACAUCCCUGGAAAUAUUUGGGAGUCAAAAUUCUGGAACGGACAAUCGGUCACCAAGAGGUGUAAUUUGUGCAAUCGGUGAAGACACUGAAUGAUGCUCAGAAGCUGGUAGGUGUUAUCACUUGGUUACGUCCUUACUUGGGACUGACCACAGCACAACUGUCUCCCUUGUUUGAAUUGUUGAAAGGGGACACUGAUUUAAAGUCACCUCGUGAAUUGACCCCUGAGGCAUGAAAAGUGCUGGAGGAGGUUCAGCAAGCUGUUUCGGCUCGCCAGGUGUACCGCAUUGAACCUUCCAUUGAUGUCACUGUGUUCAUCACCACUCCUGAUUUACAUCCUACAGGUAUCAUUGGCCAAUGGAAUGAUGAUUGGACUGAUCCUCUGCACGUCUUGGAAUGGGUCUUCCUGCCUCAUCAGCCGCAUAAGACGGCGACAGCGCUGUUUGAAUUGAUUGCGCGCUUGAUAAUCAAGUGCCGGCAACACUGUUUGCAAUUGAUGGGUGCAGAUCCCUCAAAGAUCAUACUCCCGGUUCAGAGGGAGGAAUUUGAUUGGAGCUAUGUGAACAAUGUUUCGCUGCAAAGUGCUCUCGAGGGUUUUUCAGGGCAGAUCACUUAUCAUCUGCCUAGCCACAAGCUAUUGCAAGUGGCCAAAAAUACUCAAUUUUCUCUACGACCCAAAAGUAGCCAAGAGCCAGUGCAAGGUCCCACCGUCUUCACUGACGGUUUGGGGAAAACAGGAAAAGCCAUUGUUACCUGGCAGGAUGGAUCUGAGUGGCAGGUUUUGGAAGGCCAUGAGGAUGGCUCAGCCCAACUGGUUGAACUAAAGGCUGCUGUCAUGGCAUUUGAGAAAUUUUCCCAGGAACCUUUCAAUUUGAUCACGGACUCUGCCUAUGUUGCCGACAUCGCACAGCGAUUGAGUUGUUCAGUUUUGAAGGAGGUCAGUAACCCUUCCUUGUUUAAUUUACUGAAGGCCCUGUGGUGUGCAAUUCAGGCCAGAGUUCAUCCAUACUAUGUCCUGCAUGUAUGGAGUCACACUAAUUUGCCAGGAUUUGUAGCGGAAAGUAACACAAGGGCUGACACGUUGGCUAACCCAGCGUGGGUAGCCCCUCAGCCUGACGUGCUCGCGCAGGCCAAGGCAUCGCAUGGGUUUUUCCACCAAAAUGCGCAUACGCUGCAGAAGCAGUUCCAGCUGAAGGCCACUGAGGCUCGUGAAAUUGUCUAGUCAUAUGAUGACUGUCACGCCCUUGGUGCGCCAUUGCCGGCAGGGGUUAACCCCAGAGGCCUUAAAGCCUUGGAGCUUUGGCAGACCGAUGUUACCCAGGUCACCGAGUUUGGCCGGCUCAAGUAUGUGCAUGUCAUGGUGGACACGUUCUCCUCUGCGAUGUGGGCUUCUGCUCACACAGGAGAGAAAGCCCGUGAUGUCAUUGCCCACUGGAGGCAGGCCUUUGCCGUUCUUGGCAUACCUUCUGCUGUGAAAACCGACAAUGGUCCUGCUUAUGCCUCGCAGCAGGUACGGCAGUUCCUACAGUCAUGGGGUGUGUCACAUAACUUUGGCAUCCCUCAUUCUCCGACGGGAGAGGCGAUUGUAGAACGCAAUCAUGGUACACUCAAGCGUGUUCUUCAGAAGCAGAAACGGGGAAACCCCAAACAGUCGGUUGGCAAAGGCUUUGUACACAAUCAAUCACCUUACGGUGCCGCAGAACUCAAAUAAUCCUGUCAUUUUGAACCAUUAUCUCUCGUUGCAGGCUUUGGACGGUGAGCAACAGCCUCGAGCGAAGCUGGAAGCUGGAUCAGAAGAACCUCUGCAGAAA